AUGUUAUUUUCUCAGUCUGCAACAUCGCCAAUUGCAAAGACCGGACGUGGAAAACAAGGAGGAAAAUCAACAGCCAAGGCUAAAACUCGCUCCUCGCGCGCGGGGCUGCAGUUUUCCGUCGGCCGCGUGCAUCGCCUGCUCCGCAAGGGACUACGCAAGGGACUACCGCGUGCAUCGCCUGCUCGGGACUACGCCGAGCGGGUCGGGGCCGGCGCGCCCGUGUACCUGGCGGCGGUGCUGGAGUACCUAACGGCCGAGAUCCUGGAGCUGGCGGGCAACGCGGCCCGCGACAAGACGCGCAUCAUCCCGCGCCACCUGCAGCUGGCCAUCCGCAAUGACGAGGAGCUCAUGCUGGGCUGCGUGACCAUCGCUCAGGGCGGCGUCCUGCCCAACAUCCAGGCCGUGCUGCCGCCCAAGAAGACCGAGAGCCACCACAAGGCCAAGGGAGAGUAGAGAAUGCAACUUAAGAGAAUAUAUAGUCUUAUGUCUCCCUAUUGCCUAA